AUUUGUCAUUCCUACAAAAGUCAAAAUGGCUGUUCAUCAGUAGUAGUAUGUUUGGGUUACAUUGUACAUGACAGAUAAGGUAAACAAAAAACGAAUCUCCGAUUAAAAACUGUUUUGUGAAUGAAGAGCGGCUAACAUUUCAACCAAAAUUAACGACACAAAAAAAACCAUGAACGUUACCAUCGAGCGUAAAAGUGAUUGUGCUGCAUUGCCGAAAGGCUGGCAACGAGAGGAGAUAAUGCGAAAGUCGGGCUUAUCAGCAGGGAAAGUAGACGUCUUCUAUUACAGUCCGCUGGGUAGUAAAGUGGACACCAAAUCGAAAUUGAUUCGUCAAUUGGGCGACACUGUAGAUCUGUCGUCGUUUGAUUUUCAAACCGGACGCAAUAUACCAAAUGCUCAACAAUCCCUGUUCCAUCAGCAACAGCAGCAGCAGCAGCAACAACAACAGCAACCGCAGGCCAUUCGCUCGACAAACAUGCAACGAUCAAUCAUUGAAAUGUUACCGUCAUCGGUGCCACCGAAUAAGCACCCGUUGAGCAUUGAGUACAGCCGCGGCAUGCGAACGGACGUGUCACUCGUUCCACCAAUCAGACAAACAGCUUCAAUAUUCAAACAGCCCGUCACAGUUUACAAAACGCAGGACAGCAAAUCCAAAGCAGACUUAAAACACGGCACACUGGACAAACCAAAUCAAUUAUUCUGGGCAAAGCGACUGGAGGGCCUUCGAGCUUGUGACGUUGACGGCGUUGAAUUGGGUCCAGUCGAGCUGCCAAAGGGACUGAAACCGGUCGGACCGAAUGUUGAUGACGGCACACUACUCCAGUCCGUUGCAACGUCGUUGCAUGUCACUUCACAGGCCGUGACCGGUCAACAGGCAUCCAAAGCUGUGCUGCAAAUGAAUCCGGGCGUAUUUUUGAAUCCCGAUCAACCGCUCAUGCAUUCGGUGAAUAUAAACGAAGACGAUAUACGGCGUCAGGAGGAUCGAGUACAGGUGGCACGACGGAAAUUACAAGAGGCGUUGAAGUGUUAGCAUUUUUGUGAGAAACGGUUUGUUUUGCGUCCAAUAAAUGUGCUCGAUGAAGCGAACCCAAAAA